AGAAAUCUCUUACCCAUUUUAAGCUCACAAUCCGGAUGGCCCUCUCCCAUUUUUAAUAUCUCUCUAAGGAUAACAUUUUACACCCAAAAGCGGGCAUAGGCUCACGAGUCAUGCUCCUACCGCCGUACACACACUCAUCCCAAAUCAGAACAAAUAAAAAAAAGGUUGAAAAAGAGGCGCGCGCCGUUCAGAGAAGAAAUAAUGGCCAAAAUCAUCAACGUCAUAAAGAGCGUAAUAAUAUAAUUAUGAUUGGAGUCCAUGAAUAUAGGCCUAUAUCCCGAAAGGAAAACCGCCUUUUGCAUUUCUGGUAAACAGGCCUCGCAGUUUUUAUCGCAGUACUUUUACUUCUGCUCAUUCGCUUCUGCCUGCUGUUAUUCUAAUGGCCCAUUUGUUUCUUUGCAUUUGGCGUUGAAUCUCUGAAGGGCAUAUGAGAUAUGAAAUAUGAGAUAUGAGAGAUGAGGGAUCGUUAUUAAGGAGCUGGUAGUGGUGCUAGUGGUGGUGGUGGUGGUGGUGGCGGCACUAGGGGUUGGGGAAAGUUUGUGUGUGGUGUGGUGGCGAAAUGUCAAGGCCAUGGUGGACAAUGGAGGCGCCGCCAGUGCCACAGCAAACGACUAUAGAGCCAAGGCCUAGCGGCGGUGGCGGCGGAGGGCAUUCUGGCGGCUCCAUUGGCAUGCUGGUGGUGGUUCUGGCGGCGAUUACUAUUUUGGGGGUGUUGGCGGGGGCGAUUGCGAGGAUUUGUGGCGGAAGGCACAUGACUGGGGAUGGAGACUACGAUUUUGAAGGGUGGGUGGAGAAUAAAUGCUCCACCUGCAUUGAUGGCAGCCUCGGCGGCGGCGCUGCUCAUCCGCCGCCUAAGGCCGCCGCCGGUGACGACACUGCGCCGCCUAAGGCGGCCCCAGCCGGUGACGAGGAAGAAAAGAAAGAGGAGGCUGAGUAACCGGCUGGUGUAGUGGGUUUUACCGGCAGCGCUCACGCUUAGUCGUUCUCCUUUUUCUGUGCUUCAUUUCAUUGCUUUCUCUGUGUCGCUUUUUCUCCGCGACGAUUUUGAUGAAUAAGAAGCACAAGGAAUUCAUAUAUAUAUAUAUAUGUGUAGAAUAUGGUAGGUAGGCGGAUAUUGGUAUGAAAUUUAAUGUUGUAGUAUGUCGUAUAUGUAAUCAGUCUGGAAGCAAUUAAUGACUGGACGGAAAGGGUUCGUUUAUUUUCAGACGAUCUCUGGUUGCAUGUCUGUUUCACGUUCUUUUUGUAUCCAUGGUGUAUUGUAAGUAGUGAACGCACGCCAUUGUUGCAUGGGGUGAUGCCUUCUAAUGGUUUUUUUCUCUGUGGCUUGGAUCA